ACAUGGAUAGGCCUGUAAAGAAAUCUAGAAAUACCUUGAUUGAUCUCUAGCAAGACAAGUUUGAGGAUCCUAAUUUCUGAUAUUUAGGUUGGUUUACCUAAAGAGGGGAUAGUUCAGAAGCUACCUCUUCUGCUAACCCAGAAACCUGAAGUAGAACAGGCUCCUAGUAUGCCAGGUUCUCUGCUGGAUAUGAUGACGGUGAUGAUGAUGAACCAGAAGAUGAACAACUUUAACAACUUGAACAACCAGAAUGUGCCGGUAAGCCUGUCGAACAUCCUGAGACACGCCGCCGUCGUAAAUGGUGGCGGCGGUGGCAAUGGGAGUGGCGGUAGCGAUUCAGGACAUAGUUCCUCUGAUCUAGAGGUAGCUGUAAAGGAGGAGAGGGAGGAGGAGGAGAAUAGCAUGAAGAAGGAAACCGGUGAAAUAGUCCCAUCACGUCAUUCAACCAACCCAGUUGACCACAACCUGGACAGCAGCGCGCCAAUCAACCUGGCAAAUGGUUCUGCGCAUGCUGUUAACGUGAUGUUGACCCCUCGCGAGGAAUCUAAUCAGCUGAAAAGAAAACCCUCUGGUUCACCAGACGAGGAGGGAUUCCAGGCUAAGAGACAAGUAAUACCUAAUGUGGAGCCUUUACAUCAGGAGGCUGCUUGAGAACUGUCUUGGAGCUCAACACUUACAACAGCUGUCUUGGGAACCUUGAAAGCUCUCUAGGAACUCGACAGCUCUCUUGGGAACCUUGACAGCUCUCUAGGAACUCGACAGCUUUCUAGGAACUCGACAGCUAUCUUGGGGACCUUGACAGCUCUCUAGGAAUUCGUCAGCUUUCUUGGAGCACUUGACAGCUCUUUAGAAGUAAGUCAGCUCUCCAGGAACUUGCAGCCCCCUAGGAGUUUGUCAGCUCUUAGGGAGCUUGACCUCUAGAAGCUUGUCAGCUCUCUAGAAGUUUGUCAGCUCUACGAUCUAAGAAUGUUAAAGGAUAAUUUCAACUCACUAGUUGGAAACCUUUGUCACCUGUUCAUUGUUUAUCAUACAUGUUGGUCGUAAACAAUGUACUACGAUAUCUACCUCAAAUGAAGAAAUUUAAAGUCUGAUCAUUUUAAAAAUUUAGCUCAAUUUUACUAUGUUAUUUAAAAGUUAAGUUUUUUUCUUGAAAAACUGGAAGAGUCUAUUUAGACCAUUUUAGUGGUAACAAGUUUUAUGUACCAACCAAUAGACCCAUUUUUUUCAAUGCAUUUAAUCGUUAAUCAACAAUGCUCGCCUAACGCAAUUAAAUACCUCAUAUUCUUAAGUUCUAAUUAAACGCGUGAUUGUAAAAUUAAAUUUUGUUAUUAUUGUAUUUAAUGUGUUAAUUGUUGUAAUUGAGAACCAAUAUGGAGAAAUUGUACAUUGCACGUACACUGUACAAGGCACAGUUUGUACUAAGCAUACAAUAUACUUGGUCUAAUCGCUGAUAACCUUACAUCUUAAUCCUGUAUGAGAACCAUUUUGGAGAAAAUAAUCAUUAUGAAUACUAGAUGUGAACGCCAUGUUACUUGAAUGUAUGAAAUGUUGUAAAUAUUGUACAUGUUGACCGGAAAGGGGGGGAGUAGUCCAUAACCUUAAACCGGCCAUACUCGGGGAGAGAAUUGAAGACUGAAUAUCGUAAAAUACACUGUUAAAUAAAUUCAUUUCUAAGAUU